UACAAAAUGGAGUUAGAAAAUGAAGAUAACAAUCAUGUGCUUGAUGUUGAUAAGCCAAAGAAGCCAUCAAUAUAUCUAUGUGAAAUAUGUCGCACAAUUUGCCAAUCGGAAGAAUUACUUAAAGCACAUUCCAAACAAGAAACGCACUUAAUGAAAUUAAGGAAUAAUAAGGAUAUGCAUAAAUUCUGCACAGAUUGCAAAUUAAAUUAUUAUUAUGAUAUUAUAAAUAAAUGUAUGGAACCUCAUCAAAAAUGUUUGUCUCAUAAAUGGGUUCAAGCUAUUAAUACUUUUGGAAGUCAUAAAGUGAUUGCUAUUAAAUUUGAACUAAAACAUGGAGCUAUAAAUUUCUUGGAAUCAAGGCCAGAAUUAUUAGGUAUUGAUUACAUAAUUAAAAGUAUGUAUAAAGACACAUCUUAUUAUUUGUGCUAUCUUUGUGGAUUUUCUCCAAAAUACUUUAAUAGAAAUAAACUUCAUUCAAAACCUAAAGCUCAAAAAAAAGCCAUUAUGCAUCACAUCCUAUCUAAAGAGCAUGUUCACAACUUUAUAAGAGUUCAGACUCCAACCUUAUUGAAUGACUUUGAAAAAUUUUACAGUGAAGAAGUUGAAAAACAAAUAAGCCUCAAAGGUCAUUCCUCAAAAGUGGAUCAGCAAAUAAUCAUGGAUGCCGUUAUCCAAAAGAUAUUGCAUCUACUUCCUAACCAUCUUCAAAAAUCUAAGCGCAUAAGAUAUAUUGAGGUAAAUCCUAAACAUCCUGAAUUUGAUAUGAUCUGUCACAUCAUGAAAAUUUACAAUGAUAUCUCCAAAGAAAAGUCUAAAUUUGAUGCCUCUUAUGAAAAUGUGUCAGACUCUGAACACAUCGAACAAAAAGAGACCGAGAAUAGGAACAUUAAUAAAUUGGCCAGCAGUUUGUCAAGAUAUAUCUUGAGACCAAGUGACAAGAAAAAGGAAUUAACUAGAUGUAUAAGUCCUGUUGCUAAGGAUAAACGUAAACGGAGUAAGAAUUAUCCUAACCUCAAAAUGACUAAAUCAAAUGAUAUUAUCACUUCUGAAGAUGUGGUUGUGGAAAAAAUGGACAAUCAUUUCAGCAUUGAAAAAGACAGUGUCACUAAUAAAACUAUUAUUAGGAUCCACAAAACGCCCAGCCAAAAGCUUUCCCAUGAAUCAACUGAAAUUACUAUAGAUAACAAAAUACAGGAUUCUGAUGAUUUUGGUGAUAAACUAACUUCUGGCUCCUCCAAAACCGAUUUAAUUCCUAAUGAGCCAGUAGCUGGGGAAGAUUCGAAACCUCGUAUUUUGGACAAUGAAGUUAUCACUAAAGGAGAUUAUGUUAUAUUGGAUGCUUUCUCAGUCGAUUUUGACGAGAUUUCUAUUGGCCAUGGGAUAAAUGUAGAGGACAAAUCAAACGUUGGAGAAGAGCCUGAUUUAAAUAAAAAUAAAGCUGUUAAAAUCGAUGAUCCUAAUAUUCCAAAAAGUGUUAACCUAGAUAUUGUGGAUUCUAGAUCCACUAGAAUAAUAGAAACUGGUGGUAGUCAGGGCCCAAAGAAUUUCAGGAUUAUUUUUCCUCCAAAAGUUAAGGAGAUAGAUAAGCUUGAUAGUGGAAAACUUACAGAUACAAGAGAUUCAAAGCAUCACCAUAACAGGGACAAGGGAAAGUCAAAUAGUGAUACCAAAUUAGCUGGAAGCAGAAUCCGAUCUGGAUCAAGGUCUAUUUCAUCUGAUUACAUGAAACCAGCUCCUCGUGGCAGGAAAAGGGGAAGUCGUAAUCAAAAUAAAUUUUUACCAAGGAACAAUACCAAGCACACUCUACCUUCUUUUAAUUCUUUGCUGAGGAAGAAGGCCCUACAGAAUAAUAUGUUGGAAUCUAUUGGAUCCUUUCCCAUGUUCCAAAAUAUAUUGGUGACCUUAGAUAACCAGACGUCUCUGAAUGAAGUUUUUGGCAGGGUGAGAGGAUUAUUGCCCGGGAUGCCUCAGGUGGACAUGACUCAAGAAGAUUUCACCAAACCUGAGACCAUUCGAAGGUUGUUUGACGUUCUGGGAAACGCCCUGAACACUAUAUUUAAAGCUUGGGCCUGUAACCAGAACAUAGCUCAUAGGCUAGAACCAUCUCUGAGAGAGGAAAUGGGGGCAGAUCAGAAUUCCGUUUGCAUCUUGCUAAAAGAUGGCAUUGAGGCCGAAUUCUAUGAUACCAACAAAGUGGAUAAUGUCAGGAUGAACAAAUUUCUGGGCAGACUGAACCAACUGUUGGCUCGAAUGUCUUUGGCGGAACAAAAUUCUCGAAUCAAUUUGGAACGUCCUCCUUAUUUGGCUUCCUCUACCACAUAUCCCCUUGUUGCAGGAGGAAUGGGUGGUAUGGUGGGAGGUCCACAAGAUACUAGUUAUGAUAGAAAAAGGGAAAAUUUAGAAAGAAGUCUGACACCCAUCUGGUCUUCAGAUUACAAGAACGCUUUAAGAAAGGCAUCUGCCAAAUUGGCUGAUGAUUUUGUAAACAGUGCUUAUUCCAGUGGAAGAGCGAGAUCUAGAUCCAAAUCAUCCAGAGAUCGAGAGAGAUCUAGUGUUGGUCGUCAUAGAUCAACUUCACGCUCCAGAAGAUCCACCAAAAGAAAUCGGUCUAGGGAAAGCCUCAAUGCGGGUUCUAAACGAUUAAACGUAAUCAAGCCAGAACCCUUUAACUUUCAGACUCACUUGGGCAUCCAAUCUCGUAACACCCUGGAAGAGUCGAUGCGGCAACAGGAAGAGUUGGCUCAUAGUCUUAGGGGCAUGAUAGAUAACCUGACAGCCCAAACAGCCGCCUCUUCUAAAGUCAGCAUGUUGGAAGACAAGAUUAAACGACUUAUUGAUGUCCAGAAUGGAUUGCUAUUAUUCCCACCUCCUCAGGCAUCUCCCAUCGAUAGUUUUGACACUAGAAGAAACCGGUCUGAUCCGUCACUUCCCACAGCUCUUUAUUUGCAAUCUCAGCUCAACGAUUUGAUUAAUGACCAAGAGAAUGCUGGAUUUUUAGCUCGCCCUGGUAACGAAAACUUAAAGAGAUUGCUACAAGAUGCUUUGAAAUCUCAAGUUAGAAUUUUGGAAAAGUAUCAAAGGGAGAAUGCUUCUGGAAGUAAUGUAAGCAACAUAGGUGACCAGAGGUAUGAUAGCUUGCCCCGUUCUUCACUGCCCCCACCUAUUGAUGAACGUUAUCGAGUUGAUAGGAGAAGGCCUCCUGGUUUAGGUGGUAAUCCAUUUGAACCAGUUCGGUAUGACCAAAAUAAUCAGCCCUUUGAUCACAUUAAUGUUCGUCCUCCAAUAGAUCCUUAUCACCAUCUUCCUGUGCCUAGAUACCCACCUCCAAUCCAACCCCCUUCUCAUGAUUUUAGGUAUCCGCCACCACCUCUAGCUCAUAAUCCUUUUCAACCUGUUCCACCUCCCUACACCCAUCCUUAUCCAGAUGAGCAUGCUUAUCCUACACUUGUGAGACACCCUCUACCCCCUCACAACCCUACACCUCCUCAUCACGCCCCACCUCUUCCUUAUCGGCCAACUUCUUAUGUGCCUCGUCCCCCACCUUCACAUCAAAACAUACCUCAGAAACCGCCCGUUUUGGAAAAAUUAAAAUACCCUAAAAAGAAAAGCGACGAUCCUACCAAAUUGUCUUUCCUAUCAAAACUUAAGAACCAUAACCUUGGUGUUCUUAGCUCGGCCUCUGACGUAGGUCUGUCGAAGUCCAGUCUAAUCCAAGUCGGCACUUUUUUGCGCGAUAAUCAGGAGUAUGGAUCUUCUUUUAGUAACCUUUCUUCCUUGUCAGAAAAUAGGGAUGAGUAUAGUACACACAGGCGUCCAGAAAGUUUUAGUGAGGAAAGACGAUUUAACGUUAACAGCUCCAGUAAAAUGAGUAAUAAUUUAACUUCGUAUUACACCGAGAAUCAUCCAAGGCACACUCAGCCACCACAAGCUAAGAGAAUGGACAAUGUUCGUAAUAGAAAUGCUAAUGAAUACAGGACUGGUCACGGGACUUUUAAUAGAUAUUUCAAAUAGCCCGUAUCAUCAUGAUUGGCUCAAAAGAUGCCCUAACGAAUUAUUGUUUAUUUUAUAUAUAUUAAUUUGUAAAAUUUUAAAAUAACUUUAUUUUUUGACAUGAUUUAUAAAUAUAAUUAUAUUUAUUAUUACAUGAUUAAUUAUGAUAUUUGCAAUUUUAUUUUAUAUCCCCUAUCUACUUUCUUUGUGCUAUAUAUUAUAUUAUAAAUAUUUACAGUAAAUUUGUGAUUCAGUUUUUUUGGAUUUA